ACGGUUUUCGAAUUGUGAAUAAUUUUUUGUUAUUGUGUUUGAUUGAUUCAGGAAAAUGGCUCCGAAGCAACCAAGUACGGGUCUUUUUGUUGGAUUGAACAAAGGUCAUAUUGUUACCAAGAAGGAAUUGGCUCCAAAGCCCUCUAAUCGUAAAGGGAAAACAAGCAAGCGUGUGCACUUUGUAAAGAACCUCAUUCGUGAGGUUGCUGGCUUUGCACCUUAUGAAAAGCGUAUCACUGAAUUGCUGAAGGUUGGAAAGGAUAAGAGGGCACUGAAAGUGGCCAAAAGAAAGCUUGGAACCCAUAAACGCGCAAAGAAGAAGCGUGAGGAGAUGUCCAACGUUCUCCGAAAGAUGAGGGCUGGUGGAGCAGGUGACAAGAAGAAAUAAGCAUUUGUUUAUUUCAUUCAAAGUUAACCGGAUGUACCAAUGUUUUUUGAAAGACAAGUUGUUUCAGUUUUGUUUGGUUAAACUAUGUAGUGUGCUUUUACUUCUAGAGAUAUUUUGUUUUGACUGUAUGAUUUAUGGAAAGUGCUAUUGGAUUAUUCUGUGUUAUACUAGAAGUAACAUAAAAUCCUUUUGAAUCAAA